AUGAUCAUCCGGUCUGAAGUGCUGCUGCUGGGUGUACUCUACCCACUGAGGUCCUCGGCUGCAGAAACUCGCUCCUCUGAUUCGCGACCCAGAGGAGUCGGUCCUGAAUUCGCCAAGUUUUUCAAGCCCUCAGCAAAAGACACCUUCACAUGCAUCUCGAACCCCUCGAUAUCAAUACCAUUCUCCCGCGUCAACGAUGACUACUGCGACUGUCCCGACGGCUCAGACGAGCCCGGCACAGCAGCUUGCUCAUUCUUGUCUCCCUACUCGCCGCCACAGUACCAUCCGGGCCCGGACACUGUGGCAGCCGCGACACUGAACUCCUCCCUUGCCCUACCAGGCUUCUACUGCAAGAACAAGGGCCACGUUCCCUCCUACAUCCGCUUCGAGUCCGUCAACGACGGACGGUGCGACUAUGAUGUCUGCUGCGAUGGCUCUGACGAGUUCGGCGGAGUGGGCGGCAUCAAAUGCCCGGACAAGUGCAACGAGAUUGGCAAGGAGUAUCGCAAACACGAGGAGAUCCGGCAGAAGACGCUACAAGGAGCACUGAAGAGGAAGAAGGAACUCGCCACACAAGCGAACACAGCCAAGCAAGAGGUUCAGAACGCCAUCAACAUGCUACAAAUCAAAAUGGAGGCAGUCAAAGUCAAAGUUAAAGACGCCGAAACCAAUCUAGCAGACGUCGAGCACAGAGAAAAGAUGCGCAUCGUCCGAGGCGGCAGCGCCCCGGGAGGAGGCAAGCUUCCAAUCCUAGUAAACCUAGCCCAAGAACGCAUCAAAGAACUUCGCUCCAGCCUCGAAAAGACAAAGUCACAACGCGACUCCAUGUCCGCCCGUGUAAUCGAGCUCGAAGGUCUCCUCACCAAACUCAAAGAAGACCGCAACCCCAAUUUCAACGACGCCGGCGUCAAAGCCGCCGUCCAAGGCUGGGAAGACUACGCCGCCCGCGAGACAACCGACAGCUGGUCCGAUGCCGAAGAUCGCGACCUCGCCGCCAUCAUGGCCGAGGACAGCGAUUCCAACGGCAUUAACUGGGCUGAAUUCCAGUCCGACGACUCCUCAGACAGUGACGUUGCCGCCCUGUACUCAUUCACAUCCUACCUCCCCCCCGGCGUCAGCAGCUGGAUCGACACCAAGGUCGCCAGCAUCCGCCAGCUCCUCAUCGAAAACGGCGUCCUCCCAUCCAAAACCACCGAUGUAGGCGAAAGCAAAGCCGUCCAAGAAGCCAAGAAAUCCGUCGACGCCGCCGGCCAAUCUCUGUCCGACGCAGAGCGCAACCUGUCCAAACACCAAGAAGACCUCGACAAAGACUACGGCCCCGAAGGCAUCUUUCGUGCCCUCAAAGACACCUGCAUCACUAAAGACUCCGGUGAAUACACCUACGAGCUGUGCUUUAUGGGCAAAACUCAACAGAAACCUCGCAAAGGCGGGUCAGGCACGACGAUGGGCAACUUUGUCGGGUUCGAUGUUGAAGAGGUGGAUGAUGAUGUUGGGCUUGAUGGGAAGGGGUUGGGGAGGGGCGAGAGAGUGGUGAUGAAGUAUGAGAACGGGCAGCAUUGCUGGAAUGGGCCGAAUCGGAGUACGAGGGUCGUGUUGGCGUGUGCCAAGGAGGAUGAGAUUUGGAAGAUUAGUGAGAGUGAGAAGUGUGUGUACAGGAUGGAGGUUGGGACGGCGGCGGUGUGUCAUGCUACGAGGGAUGGGAAUAAGGCAGUGGAAAUGUUGCCGCUGGUAGUGACGGUGCUGCGAGGCAUCACGAGCUGUAGGGGGUGGUGUUGGGCUAUUGUGUAA